GUGACUUCAGAGCACACUUCUGAAACAAGAACGAAAACCGACAGCCCAAAACACACACACACACGCACACACACAAAACAACAGCCACAGAGACAGAGGCGAUCAGUUUGCACCUUCUGUCCCAGAUGAAGUAACCCAGCUGAACCCCUGCUUGGUCACAUCUGGAUCAGGACUGAGAAGGUCAGGUAGAAAAGCUGGUUAGACUCCACUGCCAGCAUGCUCCGGCAGUCUCUGAGCAUCCUGAAGCAGCUCGGCUCUACGGCAAAGUCACAAGAUGCCACUGAGCUUCUACAUGAGGACCUGGUUUUGGUGGAGCAGCGAGUGGAGCCAACCAGGAAAGCAGCUCAGGUCCUUCACAAGAAGCUGCAGGGCUGCAUGCAGAGCCAGUCCGGGUUAGAGGCUGAAAAAAGAAUGAAAAAGCUCCCCCUGAUGCUGCUGUCCAUCAGCAUGGCAGAGAGCUUCAAAGACUUUGAUGCAGAGUCCUCAAUCAGGAAGGUGUUGGAGAUGUGCUGUUUCAUGGAGAAGAUGCUGGCCACCAUGCUGGCAGACUUUGAGAUAAAAGUGGAGAAGGCAGUUCUGGAGCCGCUCAACAAGCUCAGCGAGGACGAUUUACCAGAGAUUCUUAAAAACAAGAAGCAGUUUGCCAAGCUCACAAUGGACUGGAACAAUGCAAGAACCAGGAGCCAAGCCAGCACUGGUCCCCAGGCAAAGCAGGAUGGGCUCAGGGAGGAAGUGGAGGAAGCUUGGAGGAGGUUGGAGAACAUCAAGGACCAGUACUCUGCAGAUCUGUAUCACUUUGCAACUAAGGAAGAGGAUUAUGCUAACUACUUCAUCUGCCUGCUGGAGCUGCAAGCAGAAUACCACAAAAACUCACAUGAGUUCCUGAACAAAAACAUCAGCGAACUCAAAGAGAAUCACAGUCAAAAAGGGUCACCGCUAAGCCUCUCCAGUAAGAAGGUCUACGGGGAGCCUCUGCUCUCUCAUCUGUCUCAAAGCAACAGAGAGAUAGCUGCACCUAUCGAGGAGUGUAUUCACAUGCUGCUGAGAACGGCCAUGAGAGAGGAGGGUCUGUUUCGUCUGGCAGCAGCAGCCUCAGUGGUGAAGAGGCUGAAGACCUGUUUGGAUCAAGAAAAUGUCGACCACAGCGAGUUCAGCAUGGACCCUCAUGCUGUGGCCGGGGCUUUAAAGUGUUACCUGAGAGAACUCCCUGAACCCUUGAUGACAUUUGAACUCUACAAUGACUGGUUUAAAGCAGCAGGGGAAAAAGACCUGACAGAGAAACUGGAGCAUUUCAAACUACUUCUGAAGAAAUUGCCACCUGAAAAUUACAACAACCUUAGGUACCUGAUCCAGUUCCUGUCUCUGUUGUCUGAGCAGCAGGCCAUAAACAAGAUGACGCCCAGUAACAUUGCUAUCGUCCUGGGGCCCAACCUACUCUGGCCACGAGCUGAAGGGGAAGCUGCUUUGUUUGACAUGGCGUCAGCUUCUUCAGUUCAAGUUGUGACGGUUAUUGAGCCACUUAUUCAGUACAGCUCCAGCCUCUUUCCAGAAGCUGUAUCUUUUGAGAUACCAGACCUUCCUGAGAUCCUGGAUGGGACCCUGCCAACUCCUGCUGCCCAGUCUCUGAUCUCAGAAAAGAACAAACUGAGCAGAACAAUCUCCUCUUCGUCCACAGCCUCCUCCUGCUCCUCUUUUCACCUCCCUCUCUCAAAGACAAACAGCAAUGCCUCUCAGGACAGCGGUGGCCUCUUCCUGGUGAAAUCUGGCUCUGUGAGUCGCACUGGCACCUCCACAUGGGCCAGCCCUGCAGCUGAGACAGCAGCACCAACCCAACAAAACACAACAUCCACCAGCUCACCCCCUCUAAAUCCCAGCCCCAUCGUUACCUCCAGCAUUACCACUGCCUGCAGCUCGACAGCAAACCAGGGUCCAGCCCCGAUUCCUAAAGCAACAGGAGCGGCACCAAACCCAGGUCAGAGUAGGAGUCCCACCCAGAAGCAGUGCUCCGAUCAGAGCCAGCUGGAGCCAAUUUUGGAGGCACCUCCAGACUCUCCCAGCGCAAUUGUGAAGAUCAGCUCACCGUAUAAACCAAAAAGAGCUUUCAACAUGACCCAGCCUAAAGAAGCUAACGAUCAGUUGAGCGUUCAGUUCUCUAAAGCAAGACCUCCAGCUCCUCCCAGGCCGCAGGCGCCUCCGCCCCCCACCACAGCCCAGGCGGCCGUGGAUACGAGGACCAUGCCAAUACCCGCACCCCGAGGUCAGUUGGCCAGCCACAAAAAGCCUCCUCCGAAAAAGCCUGGACUCAAAGCGCCAAACUGCCCUCCACCACUUCCUCCACCAUCGCAGCCAAAAACACUUCCUUCUAUAGCACAGUGAGAAAAAUGAUAGUGCCAUUUGUUAAUUAUGUAAGUUUUCCUCUUGUUGUUCUUAAAGAAGAACCUGUGUUAACCUCCAGUGGUUUACAUACAGAUACUUCAGGACCCAAUGACAACACUGUUGGAUGUGGUUACAGGUACAACAAAGAAGCACAGGUACACACUCCUGACUGCACUAAUACCACACACCAUUAAAAGGACAGCAGCAGUAAAAUGAAAAGGUCAGGCUGGCUGUGGUCAAAGGUUAAACAGGCAUGACAUGUUCAACUAGUGGUUAGGAGCAGCUGAUACACAAAUGUGUAUUUUGUGAAAAAAAAAAAAAAAUCACCCCUUGGAUACAUUUAUUCCAUAUUGUCAGUAUUGUCUCUGCCGUUCAGUCCUCGGUUUAAGUUGAAAUACUGCAGCUUAGCUGAUUUUAUGGUCUACCAACUUUUCUGUAUCCAAUAUCAUUUAUUUAUUCUUCAGUUAUUGAUAUCCUAUAUUUUCCAGAAUUCAAAGUGCAGAAAAAGUCUUUAUGAUCAAAAGAGCUACACAAUAAAUGGUUCUAAAACAUA